AUGUCUACAACUACUAUGAAAGCGCUGAACUAUAUCGGACCUUACCAGGUUCGGGUUGAGGAUGUUGAAAAGCCUAGAAUGGAACAUCCCGAUGAUAUUAUUGUCAAGGUGACGACAGCCGCGAUUUGCGGCUCUGACUUACAUAUGUACGAAGGACGAACAGCCGCAGAGCCGGGGAUCACUUUUGGUCAUGAGAACAUGGGGAUUGUGGAAGAAUUGGGCGAGGGAGUUACAUUAUUGAAGAAGGGCGAUCGUGUCGUCAUGCCCUUCAACGUUGCUGAUGGUCGGUGUCGAAACUGCGAAGAGGGGAGAACUGCAUUCUGCACUGGUGUCAACCCUGGUUUUGCCGGCGGUGCUUAUGGCUACGUCGCAAUGGGACCCUACCGCGGAGGUCAGGCACAGUACAUUCGCGUCCCGUAUGCAGACUUCAAUGCUCUGAAGUUGCCCCCUGGUAAAGAGCAUGAAGAAGACUUUGUUCUCCUUGCAGACAUUUUCCCCACCGGCUGGCACGGGGUAGAAAUCUCUGGCUUCCAAGCAGGUGAAAGCAUUGCAGUGUUCGGCGCUGGCCCCGUCGGACUUAUGGCCGCGUACUCUGCCGCUCUGCGAGGAGCGUCUAAUAUCUACGUUGUUGAUCGCGUUGCUGAGCGAUUAGAGGCAGCUAAAAACAUCGGCGCUAUUCCUAUCGACUUCACAAAGGGAGAUGCCGUUGAUCAGAUUAUUAAGCACAACGGAGAUAUGGUUGAUCGCUCGGUAGAUGCCGUUGGAUACCAGGCUGUCGACUCGAAUGGGUCCGCUGAAAAAGCCAACAUUGUGCUUGAGAACAUGAUUCGGGUGACACGAGCUUGUGGUGGAAUGGGAAUCCCUGGACUAUAUGUUCCUAGUGACCCUGGUGCAGCCGAUGUUGCCACUGCGAAUGGAAUGAUUAGCCUUAGCUUCGGAAAGCUGUUUGAAAAGGGCCUCUCACUUGGUACUGGGCAGUGUAACGUCAAGGCCUACAAUCGAUACCUCCGAGACAUGAUCAUUGCUGGCAAAGCGAAGCCCAGCUUUGUUAUAUCGCAUGCCAUUGCACUUGCGGAUGCCGAGACGGCUUAUGAGAAAUUCGACAAACGGGAGGAUGGGUACACGAAGGUCAUCAUCCAUCCAAAUGGUGGUUUUUGA